GCUUUACUCCCGCCGGACAAGCUCUGCGGGUCACGGCAGGGCUCCGCUGGGAACGACGGGAGGGCUCCCGGCCGCCCUCGUCUCUCCCGGCCUCCGCUGCCGGGCGCCGGCGCUCCCGCCUCCCUCCCACUCUCCAUCAUUCUGGGUAGACUUAGGGUUUGCAGGUCGUUGCUUGUGGUGGCUGUAAACCACAGUGUCUGCCCGAGUAGCAUCGGUAAAACAAAACCACCCUAUGCAGGAAACCGCCGUGUCGGGGAUUAUUCUUGGAUUUACGAGGCGACGGCAGUGGACUGGGUCCGACCUCGGUCUGGGGGUGUGACUAUGGAGGCUGAAAGCGACUCCUCGAGCGAAGGAAGGAGCUUUGGGCGCGUUGCUUCCCUGUUUGGGAAACCCUCAAGUGGAUGUUCUUGGCGGAAAACCGCCCGUGUUUGGUAAUCUUGCAAAGUACUUACAGCAACGUCCCCGUCUGUGUUACGUGUGCCUGACAGCCCUCCUGGUAUGCUAGGACCUGCCAGUUCACUGGGGUUCCCUUUGUUACAACACAGGGAAAUUAUGGGACUUAAAACCCCAACCGCACGCCUCAUUAUAUAUGGAGAUUUAUGGGGAUUAUUUUUUUAAAUGCCUUGGACCGAGUGUUUCCCGACAAGGAAAGGCUUGGCCCCGUGCGACUGUCCCUGAGUACACCACGCACGCAACGGCACAGGGAGUUUAAGCAGCCUGAGAAGUAGCGUUUCUUUCUUUUUUUCCCCUCUCUCUUUUUUUCUUUUCUUUUUUUUUUUUCCUUCCUUACUUCCUUAAGCCGCCUGAAAGUUUCUCCUGAGACGUUGCGGUUGCUUUGGAGUCAGUUAGCUGCGGCACAUUUUGCUAGGGAGGAGAAAAAAAACAAACAAAGAAAAAAAAUAAAAGAGAAAGAAAGACAAACAACAACAAAACGAUCCAAACCUAUCAACCAAAACAUUGCCAUGUGGUCCGUGGCAGUAGGGGAGGAGCCGAGAGCAUCAGCCAGCGGCAGUCGCAGGUGGGGAAAACAGCAUCUCGCUGCAGACUAGGAAGGGACAGGCUCUUUCCUCCUCCGGGCGAGCCCCGGCGAGGCUUCCUGUAAACUCCACGGCAACGCUCUCAGCUGGGACAGCGUGGCCGCCCGCCGGUCUCGCAUGAUAGACCUCGGGGGGCUGGCUCCUGACUUCAGGGUGGGAUGGGACGGACGGGGCCACCCGACUUCGCCGAGAGCCCCAGAACCUAGAAGCAGGGUACAACCCGAGCCGCGUGAGACGGGUGCCCCUUCUGUGCUCGCUAUAUCCACUCGGCCCGCCCACGCUGCAGGGCUGCGGAUGGCCGGGGUCCGAGGGCACCCGUGCCCGGGCCGUCUUGCCCCAGGCUCCUGCUUGGGAGUCCCGGAGCCUGGAAGCGCAACUGCCUUCGGCUGGCACCAGCCGGCGAGACGCGCCGUUUCCCGUCCACCUCUGCCCCUGCUUCCCCGCGCGGUCUCCGUCCGCUCCUUCCGAGGGCAGGACGCUGGGGACGAGGCAGGAGUCCGCCAGGGCAGCGCGGGCCAUCGCUGCUUCGGCGCUCGCCACCACCAGCCUCUCACCUCGGCCUCUCCCCGGACCGUGGCACGGCCACACGGGCUGGACCCCGGAGACUCCAACGCCGGGGAGGCUUCACCGCAUCCUCCUAUCCUCCUCCUCCUCCACCAGCCACGACGGAAGAACCAGUCCAGAACUCUUCAUAGAGGUGACUAUGACCCCUUUAUAGGUGGCUGGAGAAAACCCAAAAUGGCUAUCAUCUAG